CAAAUGCUCCCCCUAAAACAUUUUCUCUUUAAAUCUUCUGUCGUACGUUCUCUUCUUUUUUAAUUCCUCACAUGGCAUCUUCUUCUUCUUCUUCUACAAAUUCCCAUGCAAGCUUCUCUUUAGCAUCAUCAACCGACACCCAAUUCAUGGCUUCUUCUUCUUCUCUUGUGCGCAUGGACAAUACGAACCAGAACACUAACCCUAUUACAUGGGGACUCUCUGUUUCUGACCAACUUACUGACAGAAUUUCCGUUGAAAUCCCAAAGUUCAAAUCUCUUGCUCCUUCUUCCCUCCCUUUUUCUCCUCCCGCUGUUUCUCCUUCGUCGUUUUUGGCCACAACUCCUGCUUUUACCCAUACUGAUUUCUUGGACUCCCCUGUUCUCUUCUCUGCUUCUAAUCUGCUUGCUUCUCCUACAACCGGAGCUUUUGCUGGUCAAACUUUCAACUGGAGGAGCAAUUCUGGAGACGAUGACCAACAGACCAUCAAGAGAGAAGAUAAUAGCUUUGGUGAUUUCUCCUUCCAGACCCAACCAAAGCCUAAUUCAACAACAUCAUCAUCACCCAUCUUUCAAUCUUCUUCCAACGUUGUCUCUAUGGAGGAAUCAAUUAAAAAACAAGAAGAGAUAUGGAAUUUUGAUAAAUCCACAAAGCAGCAGCAGCAUGAUUUCUCGUUGGGGAAGACUGGAGCAAAAUCAGAUUUUGCUCCACUUGAGUGCUUCUCCACGGAGAUCAAUCCUUUCCAAUCCAGCAAUGCCGGUGCUCAGUCCAGUUUCAGCCAAUACAAUAGUCAACCAUGUCAGUAUGUGAGAGAGCAAAGGAGAGCAGAAGAUGGGUAUAACUGGAGAAAAUAUGGACAGAAACAAGUGAAAGGAAGUGAGAAUCCUCGCAGUUACUAUAAGUGUACUUUCCCAAAUUGCCCAACAAAAAAGAAAGUUGAGAGAUCUUUGGAUGGUCAAAUAACUGAAAUAGUAUAUAAAGGAAGUCAUAAUCAUCCUAAACCUCAAGCCAGAAGAUCCUCCUCUCAUUCAAUAUGCAAUAACUCUGAAAUUUCUGAUCAGUCAGGCAGCUUGCUAGACACUCAUCAGACUGAUUCUUUCAUGAUACGCGACGAUACUUCAGGUUCAAUGGGGGAGGAUGAUUUGGAGCAAGGAUCACCGAUGAGUAACCUGGGAGGAGAGGACGAUGACACAGAACCUGAGGCCAAAAGAUGGAAGGGAGAUAUGGAAAAUGAGGGCAUCAUUGGCACUGGAAGCAGAACAGUGAGAGAGCCAAGAAUUGUUGUUCAGACGACAAGUGAUAUUGACAUACUUGAUGAUGGGUAUAGAUGGAGGAAGUACGGACAGAAAGUAGUUAAAGGAAAUCCUAAUCCAAGGAGCUAUUAUAAAUGUACAACAGUAGGAUGUCCAGUGAGGAAACAUGUAGAGCGAGCGUCGCAAGACGUGAGAGCUGUGAUCACCACUUAUGAAGGGAAGCACAACCAUGACGUUCCAGCUGCUCGUGGCAGCAGCUAUACGUUGAACAGACCUUCGAUAAAUGGCAGCAACAGCAGCAGCAUGGUGAUGCCAAUCAGGCCUUUUGUUGUUGCCACUCACUCAAACAACCACCUAAAUUACCCCAACUCCCUUCAGAGUGCGAGGCCAGCAACUCAAGCACCAACCACGUUUGAAAUUCUGCAGAAUGCUGUAAAUUUUGGAUUUUCAGGAUUUGGGAAGCCAGCAGGGUCAUUCAUGAAUCAAUCGCAACAAUCAGCAGCGGUGUUCCCCAGGGCUAAGGAAGAACCCAGGGAUGACGACUCCUUUCUCGAUUCAUUCCUAUCCUGAAGCAAAAGUGGAAACAUUGGAAGUCAUCAAGCACAUUUAGUGUAUAUCCCUUGACUGAUAUAAAUUAAAUUAGUUAAAUUUUUUCAUUGUUUUUAGGCUCUUCUGAUCUUGGCAGACUUGGCCUCAUGACAUUCAUCUUUGUGUUAGAUUCUAAGGUUUACAGCUUAGGAAUUGAAUUUAGAGUUCAAUAAAGAUUUUCAUAAAGUUGUAACA